GCAAGCUUAGAAUUGGCGGUAGAACACACAACCAAAAAAAGGUUCAUCCCGACGAAGAAAAUGGUUUUGCAGAGCAUUCCACACAGCAUUCUAAUGGAGAUCCUGUUGAAUCUGGACCUCGAAUCUCUCUGCUCAGUCGCAUGCGUCAGUAAAACCCUACAAUCCGCCGCCGUCGAGGCCCUCCCUCUCCUCUCCACUCUCCAUCUCCCAAUCGCAUUCUCUCCCGAUCCCCGGACUGUGAAGAGUGGCGUAAUUGGUCGGUGCCGAGGCAUGGGAAUGAGAAGUCUGACUGUCAAUUGCCUCCGCCUUGAUGAUUCUUCACUCGUUGGUUUUCUUGGCCCUAAUCUCCUCGAGCUCAACUUGGUUUGCUGCUCUUUACUCUCUUAUAAGUUCCUUGCUGCUGUGGGCCAACUUUGCCCCAAUCUGAGGGUGCUUGUACUUCAAUUCGCAGCUCAAGAUUCUCCCGAAGUAUUCAAUAGAAACCUGGCUGAAAUGCUCACAAGAUGCUUGUUCUUGGAUUCUAUCUCCCUGAAGAUUCGUGGAGCCGCAGAUAUUGCGGCUAAUUCUUUUAGUGCUGUGGAAGCAUGUCUCCCCAAAACCACCAAAACUCUGAAGUUGAAAUCACUGCUUCAUCAAGAUGCAAUUUGCAUCAUGAACAAACUAAGAGAUUCUGAGAACUCUUUAAUCACCACCUAUUCCAAAAACCUUGCACCUCCUCCAUUAUCUCCAGGAGUAAUGUUGCAAUGCUUGUCACUUACCUUGGAUGUUAUUUCUGAUGAGUUAGUUAUAACCAUUGUCGACUCUCUUCCUUUUUUGGUUGAGCUUCACCUAGAAGACAUGCCGAACAGGGAACUACUCGUGCACCGUGAUUUGACCAAUAGAGGACUUCAUUCAUUGAGUACUUGUCGUAAUCUGGUAUCGCUAUCUAUUAUUCGCAGUAGGCAGAACCACCAAGUUUCUUUCAGAAAGUUGAAUGACAUGGGCAUGUUUCUCCUGUCUGAGGGUUGCAAAGGUCUUGAAUCAGUGAGACUCUGUGGAUUCUCUAAAGUGAGUGAUGCAGGAUUUGCGUCGAUCUUACACUCAUGCCAUAAGUUGCAAAAAUUUGAAGUUCGUAAUGCAUUGCAUUUGUCGGACCUGGCAUUCGACGGUUUUGAUGGUAUCGGAUGCCCCAUUACAGAGCUGAGAUUGUUAUCAUGUAGUCUCAUAACCUGUGAAUCCGUGAAGCAGUUGGCCUGCUCUACGCGCUUGGAAGUCCUAGAUCUAUGUGGCUGCAAGAGCAUAUCAGAUUCCUGCCUUGAUCCCAUUUCCAGUUUGCACCAUUUAUCAUCAUUGAACCUAACUGCAACCGAUAUAACCGACUACGGCUUAUCCAUUCUUGGCCAGGGGAGUUCACCCAUUGCACGGUUGUCUCUUCGAAGCUGUAAAAGAGUAACCGACGAAGGAAUCUACCGACUAUUUCAUGGUGCCGGGACAGUUAGCAAAACGUUGUCUGCAUUGGAUCUUGGACAAAUUUCAGGGAUAACCGAUAGAGCAAUUCGAACGAUUGCAUCCAUCGGUGUCGGGAUAACUGAGUUAUGCAUCAGAUCUUGCUUCCAUGUGACCAAUUCUUCGGUGGAAGCUUUGGCUAUGAAGAAACAAGUCCAAGGUGAAGGUAAGUUACUUCGUAGGCUUGAUCUUUUUAAUUGCAUUGGUCUAUCAAGUGGUGCAUGUGGAUCAUUUAGAGGGUCUCUAUUUCCUGGUUUACAAUGGCUUGGGAUUGGCCACACUCGUUUUAGUAGUGUUGGAGAUGCUAAUUUUAUUGAGUUUUGUUCCAAACGACCUUGGUUGACAUUAUGUUUGGAAGGUUGUGAAGUUGGGUGUCAUGAUGGAUGGCAAUUUCAUAGAUCAUGAUAGUGGACAGGAGAUUGUUAGGAUAUAUAUCUUUGACGAAAAGAUUGGAGAUUCAAAUUCUUACUCCCGGAUGUGGUUGAAUUAAAAAAUUUCGUAAAUCAUGAUAAUGUACAAAAACUUACUUUA